GAGUCUGCGAGGGACCAUUUUCUCUAUAAGCACGCGUUUCCCCAAGCCGACGGCCUGUUCCACUGCCCAUGGGAGGGAGAGGCGAGCUGUAACCAUAAGCCCGAGAAGCUCAAGUGCAACUACGACAAGCUUGUGGACUCCCACCUCAAGCCUUACCGCUGCAAGGUUGAGGGUUGCCAAAACGACCGGUUCCGUUCUACUGCCUCCCUUCUCCGACAUGAGCUAGAGGCACACGCCAUGCACGGCCACGGUGAGAAGCCUUACCUGUGCACAUAUGAGGGCUGUGAACGCUCUACUCCUGGGAAUGGUUUCCCGCGGCAAUGGAAGCUGAGGGGCCACAUGAGGCGCGUGCACAACGACAACGGCACGGCGGCUCAGCCACCU